AUGCGCUUCGCUCUCUUUGCCUUCGCAGCCACAGCGUUGGCUGCAGACGUCAAAGUCAUCUGGCGCCACGAGAAACCCACGGGAAAGUCUUCCCUAACACUUGAAUCCGCCGACCGCACCGUCCUCGCUGAGACAUGCGGUAACUCGCUCGGUGCCCUCGACUUCUCGCGUCUUGAUGAGCACGGCGUCGGCGACUUCAGCGUCGGCUCCAAGACCUUCGAAGCCACCAGCAUCCCUCAAGACAGCGGCGUAAGCUGCCACCGCAUCUACAGCGGCACCAUUGCGAUCGUCGAAUGCACCGGCGUCGACGUCGCCGUGCCAGUCGGCGUAGCCAGAUCCGCAGACUGCUUCACCCACGAGCAUGCGAAAGAGUCGUUCCGCCGACUCAAGUCGCGUAGCGUGGAUAUUAUGAACGCCACGGAGCACAUUGAACCGAUUGCUGAACCACCCAGCAGCGACGACGCGCCGUGGUUUCUUUCCCGCAUCUUCCCGCGACAGAAUAGAUGCCCGCCAGGCACAGACACGUACCCCGCAGACAAUCCCGACCCGCAUCAGAACUACCUGCACAAGCAACUUUCGGUGAGCAAGCAAUGCGUGUCUGUCAGAGAGGAGUUGUAA